UCCGGGGUCCAUUAGCGAUCUUGAUGUGAUCCUGGGUACAUCGGCAAGUGUGUUAGGCAGCAAUUACUUUCACUACUCGCAAAAGGAACAUUGCUCUGUUAAAAAAUCUGCGUUCUUAAUUUUUGCAGGACUGAGGAGAGUGGAGAUGCAUGGCAUGUAAGCAGCACACCAUGGCUCACAGGAAGAGGCCAGGGACCAGCGGCAUCAUGUCAGAGCCCAGAGCUCGGCCGGGACCGCCCCCCUUCCCUGUGGAGGACUGCGACCUGGAGCCCCGGAGUGGGCAGGCGCCCUACUGCAGCCCCCAGGAGCGCGGGCUGAAGGACAGCCGGCCGACCACACCCCUCACCCCCGACCACGGGCACACAGACCACCGGGCCCACCACGACAGCGUGGACGGGGACUCCAGCUCUGACUACGUCAACAACACCUCGGAGGAGGAGGACUACGAUGAGGGCCUGCCCGAGGAGGACGAGGGGGUGACCUACUACAUCCGCUACUGCCCCGAGGACGACAGCUACCUGGAGGGCAUGGACUGCAACGAGGGCGACUACGGAGCCAUCCGUCCCCAGCCGCCCGCGGAAACCGACGAAUGCCAGGAGGCGGUGGAGGAGUGGGCGGAAUCAGACAGGCGGGGCGAGGCCCUGGGGCGGGGCGAUGAGGCACAGCGGUACGGCGGUAGCCCCGAACCCGUCCUGGACCGACACCCUUCCCCCCUGGAGGACGCCCUCCCCCAGGACGAGGAGUACGAGGAGGAGAGUGAGGAGUACUGUCCCAACGAGGAGGAAGGGGGUGAUGGCGGCGACUACACGGGCGACUAUUAUGCCCCCGAGGACAAUGGGAACUCGCUGCGGGCGUCGCCCUACAGGGUCCGCAAGGGAGGUGAGGGCGAGGGCCUGGAGGACACGGAGGAGGACAUCGACCAGAUCGUGGCAGAGAUCAAGAUGAGCAUGAGCAUGGGCAGUCUGAGCAGCGGGACGGACCACAGCCCCGAGGAGCUGCCCCCCGACCCCGACCCCAUCCCCCCCGACGACUUCCCCGAGCCCCCCGCCAAGCCCGAGCCAGCCCCCUUCCCCCCUCACCGGCACGAGGGCCGGCCCAAAUCGCUCAACAUCCCCCCCGCCCACCACGGCAACCCCGACCUGCCAAGGGGCUUCAAGGCGAGGGCUCGCACCCCCGACGAGAGGUCCAAGUGGGCACAGGAACAGGGGUCUGACCAUGUGGAGGCGCCCAGGAGGCAGCACCGCUCCGAUCUCAACGGCCCGGCAGAGAACAACAACGUCCCUGAGCAAACAAAGAAGACCGCUUCUUUCCCCAGCUUUGUGGAUGUCCCUGGGCCCUGUGAGCCAGAGGACCUCAUCGAUGGCAUCAUCUUCGCCGCCAACUACCUGGGCUCCACCCAGCUGCUGUCCGAGAGGAACCCGUCCAAGAACAUCCGCAUGAUGCAGGCUCAGGAGGCGGUCAGCCGGGUCAAGAGGGUUCAGAAGGCUGCCAAAAUCAAGAAAAAGGCGAGCCCCGAGGGGGACACCCAAACCCUGACUGAGGUGGACCUCUUCAUAUCCACACAGAGGAUCAAAGUGCUCAAUGCUGACUCGCAGGAGACCAUGAUGGACAACGCCCUGCGCACCAUCUCCUACAUCGCCGACAUCGGGAACAUCGUGGUGCUGAUGGCCCGCCGCCGCAUGCCGCGCACCGCCUCGCAGGACUGCAUCGAGACCACGCCCGGCACCACAGACGGCAAGAAGCAGUACAAGAUGAUCUGCCACGUCUUCGAGUCGGAGGACGCACAGCUUAUUGCACAGUCCAUCGGACAGGCAUUCAGUGUGGCCUACCAAGAGUUCCUGAGAGCCAAUGGGAUCAACCCUGAGGACCUGAGUCAGAAGGAGUACAGCGACAUCAUCAACACGCAGGAGAUGUACAACGACGACCUCAUCCACUUCUCCAACUCGGAGAACUGCAAAGAGCUGCAGCUUGAGAAGCAGAAGGGGGAGAUUUUGGGUGUGGUCAUUGUGGAGUCGGGCUGGGGCUCCAUCCUGCCCACGGUCAUCCUGGCCAACAUGAUGAACGGAGGCCCCGCAGCCCGCUCCAGCAAGCUGAGCAUCGGGGACCAGAUCAUGUCCAUCAACAACACCAGCCUGGUGGGGCUGCCCCUCGCCACCUGCCAGGGCAUCAUCAAGGGCCUGAAGAACCAGGUCCAGGUGAAGCUGAACAUCGUGAGCUGUCCUCCAGUCACCACCGUGCUCAUAAAGCGUCCGGACCUGAAGUACCAGCUGGGCUUCAGUGUGCAGAACGGCAUUAUCUGCAGUCUAAUGCGCGGUGGCAUCGCGGAGCGAGGAGGGGUCCGUGUGGGACACCGCAUCAUCGAGAUCAACGGGCAGAGUGUGGUGGCCACGGCCCAUGAGAAGAUCGUCCAGGCCCUGUCCAACUCCGUGGGCGAGAUCCACAUGAAGACCAUGCCAGCAGCCAUGUUCAGACUCCUAACUGGCCAGGAGACUCCGAUGUACAUAUAGGGCCCGGGCGGACAUUCGCUCCCAGGCAGAGCCAUAAAGCAGCCGGUGUUUACAGACAGUCAGGGGCCAGUCCCCGGGCCCCUGGGCCACGGAGGAGGCCCCUCAAGCAGGUGGAGAGCUCUCCUCAAGUCUCCAUUUCCAGCCAUCCCUAAUUUCUUUUUCUCUGCUUCUCGCACCGCUAAAACAGGGGCUCGCCAUCCCCCUUUCAUCGGGACUAAUAUACUGACACAAUAAUCUCCAAGCUUUCAACGGAAACGGAGCUGAUGAUGUGGACGUUAUUUAUUUGUGCUGUCUGUGUGUGGGAUGUAGGUCUGGUGAGACAGUGUGGAGAGAAUGAGUGAAUGCAUUAUGGUUUAUUUUUUAUAUGCAUUAUAUAUAUUUACAUGGUAUAUACUGUAUAUUCCUAUUUUUCUCGUUUUUUCGUUUUUGUUGUUGUUUAAAUUCUAAAUGUAAAUACUUUUUUUUUUUGCUAAUGCUAAUGGGGUUUGUUGAGAAAGACCAGUGUUGUGAUUGUGUAUAUACUGACUUUACCAGCAGGUUUUCAUUGUGGGAAAUGUGGGUUCCUAUACAGUUGACAUCCCAGAUGUGGAUUAUAGGACAUUUGUAGAUAAAGCUUGGAACCUAUAAACUCACUCCAGAUUUUGAUUAGUCCUUUGAGCUUUUCCCCCCUUUCACCAUGAAAGUCUAAAGAUACCACUAUACUAAACAUUUAGUGAUAGAGAACCUUAGUCCUGUGGUAAAUACUUCAGUCUAAAUAUUUGGCAGUAAAGCUAAAAGUAACUUCAUUUUAGUCCAGCAGGAUUAUAAAAUCAAUUUGAAGGGCAGCGUUUUUUCUUCUGUGUCUAUUGUUAAAGUAGUUCAAUUUUAGUAGCAGCCCAUCUAUUCAGAUUUUGUCAUUUGUGAGUCAUGCAAAUGCAGAAGUGACUUAUAUUUGGCUGUAUAAUUAUGCAUUUUACAGAUAAACUAUUUUAAUCGAGCCACAAAAAGCUCCACAAAUCUCUUUUUUUACUACUUACGUAGGACAGGGUUAUGUUCCUCCUUUUUAAAAAUAAAAAAUACAUCCCCUUAAAGAUUAACACACAUUUUAAGUUUGCCAUGGAACUGCAUCCAAAACACUGUAUGAAUACAUGCAACUGUAUUUUUAAUACAUAGAUAUUAGUAUUUUUUGUUCUUUUGUGUUUCCUUGAGAAGCUCUGAACUUUGUUUGAGUGGAUUGUGAAUGUAAUGUACUCUUAGAACUGUGUCCAUGACCAUCUGCAGUAUUAGAAUGUGUGUACAUAAUGCAGACCUUGUCUAGUAUUGUGCCCCUUUGGGAAUUACUGUUAGUCACUGCAAACCUUCUCUUCCCCAGUUAUGUUGGGUGUCGGGGCAACAACUCUGAUUAUAAUGAUGAAGUAAAAACCACUGUGACUGAAGAGGCCUUACCAUAGAGUAAUGCUUACGAGAAAUGUACUAAAAUAAACACUGAAAAAUAACAAUACAUUAAACCUAUUACCUGUUUGCAUGCAGAUGAAGAUAGAAGACAAGUCAUUCUGGAAAAAUAAUAAAAUAAGUAAACCAGA